AUGGGUAUCACAGCGCUAGGUGUCCUUUCUUUAGUCUCCUUAGUCUUCUACAUCUACCCUUUAAUUCCAUGGCCCUUCAAUGGCAUGUUUAUGUUCAUCUCUAUACUCCUGUUUGUCAUUGAUGAAGCUCAGCGCGGCGGGAUGUCCAGCUUGGAUACAAGUGUUAUUGCGUUGUGUUUUAUCGCUCUGCUGGUGCCCGCUCUGACUGUAAUACUUUGGGGUUCGGUGUUUCCGGUCUCCGCGUAUCGGGCAUGGCUGGCGACAUUUGAGGAAGAAUGGGACCCUAAUCAAAGCUAUAGGUGGAUCUGGGAACUUUCAAAACUCAAUCAUGACGCGAACCCAAAAGGCGAACACGGCACCGAAGACUUUGCUCAAGGCUUUAAACCAAUCUUCGAUGCACGCCGAUUGAAAGUUGCUGUCGAUAAUGACCCGGCUAGAGACGAUGUGCCUGCGCCUGCCGGUGCUGCUCCUGAGCUUUGGACGCAGAAAUAUUGUAACAAGGAUUUUAACCCGCCGAAGAAUGGAUACCAGAAUUAG